AUGGUCGUUAAUCAGAGUUUCCUCAUGAGUGGCUUCGGCGGUGGCUCCGUCUGGCCGCUCAGGCUGCGGCUGGACGGGUCCCAGGGGCUUGGAAAAUGGCACGUGCUGGGGCUGCUGCGCUUCCCCGUGGCGGGAGACGAGCCGGUGACGCCCGCUCCUUCUUGCCAGGCAGCGGCGAGCAGCAGCUGGCAGGAGUCUGAGGAAAGCAGAAGUAAACGUAGGAAGGAGAUGGAGAACGAAGCUUCAGAAAGUGCUGAGGUGUCUUGCCUUGAGAAAACAGAUCUGGCUUUUCCUGAGGGUUCACAGUCCCCUUACAAACCUGAGCCCCUGGACAAAGUUUUAAAUGAGAUGAACAAAGAAAUUAUGAACUUGUUAUCAAAAUAUGCUCAGAUUUUAAGUGAGAGAGCAACGACGGAUGCUUCUUAUGUCCGAGAACUUGAUGGAAUCUUAAAAGAAGCGAGGACCCUAGAAAACAACUUAAAACAGAAGAAGGAGAGUCUGAAACAGAGGUUUGCUGUGCUUGCAAACACUCUGCAAGGUUAG